ACCCGACACUGCCCGCGGGUGAAGGCUCGGGCGAGGGUGGGCGCCGCGGCGGAAGAAGCGGUAGUGGGCGGCCGGGUAUGGCCGCGGCUGCGGCGGCUCGCAAGGCGGCGCCGGUGCUGGAAGCGCCUCCCCAGCAUGAGCAGAUAUCCCACACAAGGCUUUCUGCAGAUGAUGAGUGGAACCUGCAGCAGGAGAGGAUGUACAAGAUGCACCGGGGCCACGAGUCCAUGCACGUGGAGAUGAUCUUGAUCUUCCUUUGCGCUCUGGUCAUCGCCCAGAUAGUGCUGGUGCAGUGGAGACAGAGGCAUGGCCGGUCCUACAACCUUGUGACCCUGUUGCAGCUGUGGGUUGUCCCUUUGUAUUUCACUAUAAAACUUUACUGGUGGCGGUUUCUGUCUAUGUGGGGAAUGUUCUCAGUUAUUACCAGUUAUAUCCUCUUCAGAGCUACCCGAAAACCCCUCUCAGGGAGAACACCACGAUUGGUCUACAAAUGGUUUCUUCUCAUCUACAAACUCAGUUAUGCAUUUGGUGUUGUGGGUUAUUUGGCUAUCAUGUUUACAAUGUGUGGAUUUAAUUUCUUUUUCAAGAUCAAGGCUAGAGAUUCCAUGGAUUUUGGCAUUGUAUCCUUGUUCUAUGGCCUCUACUAUGGAGUAAUGGGGAGAGACUUUGCCGAGAUCUGCUCAGAUUACAUGGCUUCUACUAUUGGAUUCUACAGCGUCGGUGGGAUGCCCACAAGGAGCUUGUCAGACAACAUCUGUGCUGUUUGUGGGCAGAAGAUCAUUGUGGAGUUAGAUGAAGAAGGGCUCAUUGAAAAUACCUACCAGCUUUCAUGUAAUCAUAUUUUUCAUGAAUUCUGCAUCCGAGGCUGGUGUAUUGUUGGUAAAAAGCAGACUUGCCCUUACUGCAAAGAGAAGGUUGAUUUGAAGAGGAUGAUCAGCAACCCCUGGGAGCGCACACAUUUUUUGUAUGGACAAAUCCUGGAUUGGCUUCGUUAUUUGGUGGCCUGGCAACCUGUCGUGAUAGGAAUAGUCCAAGGCAUUAAUUAUUCUCUAGGACUGGAAUAGGACAUCAGACUUACCCCAGAAGCCAAGUAUUGCAUGUUGAAAUAUUUUUAAAUCCUUGAUUCUACAUUUAAUAUUAAUUUUAGCAAUGAUCCUAGUGUGACUAUGUGGAAAGAAUUUAAAGAGAAGCUGAACAGUGGAAUAAACAAAUUCUGUUUUUU